ACACGCUGGCAGGGCUGCAUUUCGCUCGCAGCUUCACUUUGUCCGCUGUGCCUCGCUCGUCCUUCCACAUUUUGGACUCUAAGAGACGCUGUUGGCCUGUAUAUCAUUUGGCGUGUGUUGUCGUCAUGCAGUCCUCCCUGCAAGUGACGAGGCACUCGAGAGCAGAUUUUCUCUCUUUUGUUGGCGGCGAGGUGAAAGAACGACGGUCUGCGCUUCACAUUUAUUUGCAUGUCAGCUUCGACGUGGUGAGCAGGAAACGGAUUACUGACCGAAACAUAUCAUCGCUGUCUUUUGAUUUUCGUCCUCAUGGAUAUUCGCGGGCCUCGCCUUUUCUGGUGCGCGACAUGGAGGUUGUUUUUUGGAUGGCGACGGCAAAUAGGAACGCUCGUGUUUCUGCUUCGGCUGGUCACCACGGUAGGUGGUCAGAUUCGUUAUUCUAUUCCCGAGGAGAUGAAGAAAGGCUCCGUGAUCGGAAAUGUGGCGCGAGAUCUCGGGUGGGACAUGAAGAGACUCGUUUCAGGGCGCGCCCGCAUCGUGACGGGAGGAAACAUCCAGUACGCGGAGCUGAAGACAGACAAAGGGCUUCUGGUCGUCAACGACAGAAUUGACCGAGAGCAUCUUUGUGGAGAUGUGACGCCGUGCAGCUUCAGCUUCGAGAUCAUUUUAGAAAACCCCAUCGAGCUGCACAGGAUCGUUGUUGAGGUUUUGGACAUCAACGAUCAUGCCCCCGUUUUUGAAAAUAAGGAUGAAGCGCUCAUGUUUGACAUUAGUGAAGGUGCUGCAGUUGGAGUGCGCUUUCCCCUGCCGAGUGCUGAGGAUCAAGAUGUGGGGCAAAAUGCGUUGCAAAAUUACAUUUUGCCAGCAAACGACAAUUUUAUUCUGAAUCAGCAUGCAAAUCCAGAUGGCAGAAAAUAUGUGGAAAUGGUGCUCCAGAAGCCUUUAGACCGAGAGAGACGUCCCCGCUUGUCUUUCAAAUUAAUUGCGGUUGAUGGAGGAACGCCACAGAGAUCCGGUACCGUGAAUAUAGAAAUAAAUGUCUUAGAUGCAAAUGACAACGAGCCCAUAUUUAACCAGUCAGCAUAUAAGGCGACUGUUUUGGAAAACACAAUGAAAGGAAGAAGUAUAAUUCGAGUAAAUGCGACAGACGCUGACAGUGGUUCCAAUGGACUCAUCACUUACAGUUUGUCGCGAAUGAAAGGAAGCGCAGCAGAUAUAUUUCAAAUUGAUGGAGACACUGGCACAAUUUACGUGUCUGGUCAAAUCGACUAUGAGAAGAACAAAAAGUAUGAAGUGAGAGUGGAAGCAAAAGAUCAAGGUGGGCUGAUUGGGACCAGUAAAGUAAUCAUUGACGUUAUUGACGUCAAUGACAAUGCUCCAGUAAUUAACAUCAUGUCAUUUUCAAGUCCUCUGUCCGAGGAUUCACCGCCGGGUACAACAGUUGCAGUUCUGAACAUAAAAGAUGUCGACUCUGACAGAAACGGAGAAAUAAAAUGUUCCGUGGAUGGAAAACUUCCCUUUAAACUGGAGACGUCGCUGACAAACUAUUACAAUUUAAUUUCCGAUCACUAUUUUGAUCGAGAAUCCGUCUCGGAAUAUAACAUCACAAUUCGAGCCACUGACCUCGGAACGCCUCCUCUUUCCAGCUCAACAAAGUUACAUCUUCGAAUCUCCGACGUGAAUGACAACGCGCCUGUAUUUGAUCAAAACAUUUAUUCCGCUUACGUCGCGGAGAAUAAUUCUCCCGGCGUUUCCAUCUUGGCUGUCACUGCUCGAGAUGCUGAUUGGAAUCAAAACGCGAGAAUAUCUUAUCUUUUAGAGGACACUCAGAUGAGUGGCAGUCCAGUUUCCACCUUUGUUUCUUUGAAUUCUCAAAGCGGCGUCGUCAGCGCCGUGCGCUCCUUCGACUACGAGCGGAUGAAGCGGCUGGACUUUGCGGUGCGAGCGCAGGACGGAGGCUCCCCUCCUCUCUGCGGCAACGUGAGCGUGGGCAUCCUGAUCCGGGACCAGAACGACAACGCCCCUCAGGUCCUGUACCCGGUCCCGCCGCACGCCGAAACGGUGCCUCGUUCGGCAGACGCGGGCUAUCUGGUGACUAAAGUGGUGGCCGUGGACGUGGACUCCGGACAGAACGCCUGGCUCUCCUAUAAAGUGCAGCACAAAUUUGCCACAGACAGGGGGGCGCUGUUUGAAGUGGGCCUCCACAAUGGAGAAAUGCGAACUGUCCGCCGAGUGACCGAUAAAGACGCCGUCAAACAAAGACUGACCGUCGUCGUGGAGGACAACGGGCGGCCCUCUCGUUCGGCCACGGUGGCGGUGAACGUGGCGCUGGCGGACGGCUUCCCCGAAGUGCCGAGGUCGGAGUUCGCCGACGACUUUAGCGAGGACGACGACGACCGGCUGACUUUUUACUUGGUCUCGGCUCUGGUUGCGGUCUCCUUCCUCUUCGUCGCCUCUUUGCUGCUUAUCGUAUCGCUCAAGGUGUACAGGUGGAGACGGUCUCGCGUCUUGUACCGCUCCGACCUCCCCGUCAUUCCGUACUAUCCGCCGCGCUACUGCGACACGUUGGGGACGGCGGGGACGCUCCCGCACGUCUACAGUUACGAGGCGUGCGCCGCCGCCAAAGGUCACGUGAUGAACACGCAACCCGUGAGUCAAAGUUUAGUGAGCGUGGACGGAGCGGACGCCGACGUGCCGCGCGGCGGCGAGCAGACGUCGGGGAACUGCUCUCGGAUGUCGACUCUGGUGAGUCAGAUGUUUCUCUGUUUCAUGACUUUUACUGCUUGUCGAGGUUGUAUGACUUGUUUUGCUUUGUUGCUGAAAGGUUGAUGUUUUGAAGUUAAUGCAAAUCUUGUAACUGAGCAAAAUUGUGAAGAUAUUUGUUGAUGCUCGGUUGACUUUGUAGUUUGUCAAUUUGCUUACUUACAAGCAAGAUUUGACAUUCGCUUUUUUGCUCACCGACCACUGUGGCUAUACACUGUAAAAACCAAGUAACCUGACUGCCUUAAAAUUUUGAGUUCAGAGAGCUAAUGAUAUUUCUAGUUCAAUACACUUCCAUGUAAGUUGAUGGCACUUUCAAGAAUAAGUUAAAUUGAUUAAUAUGAAGGUGAUAAACGGUUAGCUCAACCUGAUAUUCUAAGUUCGACGAACAAGGAAUUUUAAGUUGUAUGAAGUAAAUGCCGAGUUGAGGUGACAUUGCAUGACAAGUCCAACCAACAAACACGUAUUUCUGCAUUUGUUUCUCAAACAUGGAACCGGGUUUUUCCAACUCAGCCUAUGAGUCGAAUCGACAUCAAAUUUUCUGGCAGCCAGGUUAGCCCUUUUUUCAUAGCUCAAGUGACAAGCUGCUUCGUUUUGCUGUCAACUCACUUCAUCAAUGACGGCAAGCGUGCACGUGUUGACUAUUUCCAACUCGGUUAAAGGUCUCUUAUAUCUGCAUCAUCAGGGUACCGACCGGUUUGGUACUUGUUGCGUUCGGCAGACAAAAUAAAUACUUCUCAGUCCAUUCCGUCUGGAACUGCCGGUUUUCAACAUCCACUUUGUGUUUUUUUUGGCUUUC